AUGCCAAUGAAUAACCUUUUACCAAUGCAAGAUAAUAUGCCGUCCUCUUCUGAGGAAAAUAAUUGCGACUCUCCAUAUUCACCGGCGUCAGACGACUUUUCAGUGAAUAACUUGUAUAACCCUUCGACUUUACUGGAUCCAAAGCUAGAAGUACUAGACUCAAAUACUCCUCUUUUCUUUAUGACUCCUCAACAAACGCCUACAAGAGAGCUUCAACCUUCGGUACAACAAGAUCACCAUGUUCACCAGUCCGUUUUCAACCCUUUCAUGUCCCCGACAUUUUCACAAAGCGUUACAAAUUUUACACAAAAAAAUGUGAGCUACCUAGAAUAUAUGAAUGGAUCUGAUGAUAAUAGCAUAGAACAAAGUGUUACAUCUCCACAAUCAGAUCGGCAAUGUCAUAUUCAGGAUAUCAGCGAUAAAGGAUUACAGAUUCAUGUUCUCGGAGUCCCACAAACAGGUGCCAAAUCCCGUGUAGAAACACAAAUCAAAUUAUGUCUACAACUUGUCACGGAUAAAGGAGAAAAAGUACCAUUAUGGUCACAUUUACGCUUGCCCGAAUAUAUGGUUGCUAAAGAAAAACUUAAAACUAAAAACGCACGGAAUCCACCGGAUCAAAUGAAUAUCUUAGAAAAAGGUGUGCUAAAUUUAGAGGCAACUGUGGUUUGCGCGAGUGAAAUACCAAAAAAAGUUCUUACUUGUCUGGGUUGCGUUCAACGAGAGCGAAAGAGGUCUCAGCGCAAAAAAGAAAACAGGCACGCCAAGGCAAAUUCAAACGCUGCUGCGCCACAGGUCGAGGACUCUAAUAAGCCGAUGGAUUUAGAUGAUGAAAAGACAAUGCAAUUGGAGCAACGCAAAAUUCUAUUAUUCAAUUGUAGUGAGAUCGUAGAUUUUAGCAGCGGUGAUACUAUUUUACCAACAAGAAUCACGUGUUAUUGUCGACAUCAUAAUGAAAAGGUUGGGUUCUGCAUUUACUUUGUAAUGAAAGAUUGUACUGAUGCUAUCAUUGCAACUGGCAUGUCACCUCCUAUUAUGAUAACUGAUGAUCACAAGUCAUCAAAAACAAAAGUUGGUGUUGGAAGAAAACGACCAAGAGCUGAAUAUGAUCGUCGAAAUUCCACUACAGCGAACAAUCCCAUAAAUUCUACAAAAAGCAAAGCCAGCGAAAGACGUGCGUCAUCAACCGGUACGAAUGAUCAAUCCACGCCACCAUCCUUAUCAAUAAUACCAUCUUCAGAACCUACUGGAGGACUUUCGUCUCCAGUUUCCAUUAUUCCCACACAAAAUUCUAGCUUGAUCGCAUCGAUUUCAUCACAACAAUCAACGAUUAAGCAAGAAAAAAACAAUAAUUCCCGACAACGGAUACAAGUUCAGCCAUUUGGAUUCAAUCCAUCAUCUUCCCCCGCAUCACCGAUUUCACCAAUGUCACCCAUUAUUCCUAUCACAACAAAUUUACACAAUACCUCAAAUCCUCAAAAUACUUCUAGUCAACCUUAUCAACAGCUUGAUCAAAGUACAAAUUUGGCUACUUCAGGCCCACAAGUGAAUUUCCCUGUGGUAUCUCAUAGUGCUGCUAUGAUGAACUUAUCUAUGGCACCCACAUCACUUAACAACAUGAAUCCCAUUUACCAAGCUGCACAAUUACAUCAAAAUCUUGGCGCUCACAAUAGAUAUAAUAUCUCAGCCGCUCAUCAUGGUGGAGGUCCAAUGCGCUUGCAUGCUUCUCACCAUUCCAAUCAAAUCCUAAGAAGACCAUUUUAUAACACUUCUGGAAAUGCUAUUUAUCAAAAUGGUACAAUUAGUGGAUACCCAAUACCGAGGAUGAGCAGGCUGAUUCCUUCCGAGGGUCCCACUUAUGGUGGCAUUGAGGGACUGACUUGUGUUUUCGGUGAAAGUCCAGCAAUUCCAACACAAUAUUGGUCCCCAAAUACCUUGGUUUGCAUUUUACCACCAGCUCCAACUCCAGGUGCUGUCGUUGUGAGUUUCAAAGAAUAUCCUAUAAACUUGAUAGAAAAUCCAGAAGAAGUUGUUCUUUUCUCUUACACUGAUGAUUCUGAUCGCGCUUUAAUGGAGUUAGCUCUACAAGUCGUAGGGAUGAAGAUGACCGGAAAGAUAGAAGAUGCACGUAACAUUGCUAUGCGCAUCGUUGGCGGCAAUGAUAAUAACAGUAAUUCUGGUAAUUCAAAUGGCAAUGGAAGUAUGAAUGGAAUGCACAAUCAUUUGGCAUCUUUUGCUCGUCAAGCAGGAGAAAACAAUUUCGAGGCACAUAUUAUAACAACAAUAAGUUUAUUAGAUGUACUAGAAACAGAGCAUGAUAGUAUUUCAUUACAAAAUCGUCAACAACAUACGAUGCUGCAUAUAGCGGCAAUGUUGGGUUACACGAGAUUGUGCUCUGUGUUAAUUGAUCGAGACAUUGACUUGAACUUACAGGACAAAUAUGGCUUUACUGCACUUCAUUAUGCAGCAUGGACAGGAAGAGAAGAGAUUGUGAGAAUACUUAUUACAGCUGGUUCUGGAGAUAUCAUUCCCAAUUUCAACGAUCAAUAUGCUAUUGAUCUAGCCAUAUCUCGAAAUUUCGAUGACAUUGUCGCAAUUAUCAAUGAUCAUCGUUUACACGAUUCUGGGGUAUCUUUGUCAUCAUCAUCAUCCGAACAAUCUUCUUUAUACGGAUCUGAUGAUGAUUUGGAUGACAGCGAAGAUGAAUCUGGAGAGAAAUGGAAUGAACAAACGGAAGAAUCCAUUAACGAUAAACAAAAUCAAGAAACAACACCAAACAUUUCUUGGGUAGAUUCGGCGACCGCUAACGAUUUAUUACUAAACAAAUCGGAAGAGGAUGAUGGAAUCGUAAAUGCGGAAGUGGUUGAUAAAAAGAACAUUAAACAACCUUUCUCUGAGAUGGCCACCGAUUUAGCUUCUGCUUCUACUAUUUGGCUCCAAAAAACAUUUGCGCACAUGCAUAUGCCAACUAUAGGCAAACCUUCUCAGAUUAACAUUCCACUUCCCUACCUUAAAAUGCCUAAUCUUCAAAUGCCCAAUUUACAAAUGCCGUACCUACAACACUUUUCUUCUCCAAAGUUUUCAACCAUGAAUUUUGGCACCAACUUAUCAAUUCCGAGACCUUCCAUGCCAUCAAUGCCUUCACUUAACAUGAAUAUUGAAUUUCCAACUUUGCCAAUGGUAACUUUUCCUGCUAUAAUACCCAGUGGAUUUACAAGUUUUGUAAGGGAUGAAAAGAAUAUGGCUAAUGGAGGUGACAUGAGUGAAAUGAAUACGGCACAAUAUUACAAGAAUAAAUGGCUUAGACAAGGUCAACCUGAUCAACAGCGAGAACAAUCAUCAAAAGAAGUUGGUCAAGGAUUUGGUAGAUUUGGUUAUAGUUGGCCAUUUUAUGGAUCGCAACCAAUUGUGCCAAUGUAUCAUCAUGAACCUGAAGAACCUCGUGCUCCAUCACCAUCACCGCCUGCUUCUAUUUCACGUGUAAGUCGCAAGGUUGGAUAUGAUCUUAGUUCCUUGAAUGAAGAACAAAUUGCUCGUGUGGAACAUCAUGAUGAAAAAUAUAAAAGAUUAAAGAAAGAUAGAAUGUUGUAUUUAUUCUGGGUACCAGUAUUUUUUGUGAUGAUUGCCUUGGCAGUAAUGAAAUACAGUACAAUAGGCAUAACGGAACUUACAUUGUUGAUACGAAAUGUUGUGUAUAAUAUUGUUGUUCUCAGAAUAAUGCCAAAGAUAGUAUCAAGUUCAACCGUUUCAUCAUCGGAACAAGUUCAUGCAUAUCCUGAACAACAUCUUCACGUUUAUUAUUGUUUAUGUAGCGAAUUUAUAUUGGUUAUAGGUAAUAAUAAAUUAUCACGUCGUCAAAAUGAUUUCUCAUUGCUCUUUCGUUCUAAAGAACCCGACAAUUUAGAUGCGAGAUUAGAAAAAUUACCUAGGCGUACAACGGAUAAAGCUUAUAUUGUCUCCAACGGUAAAAGAGUGUAUAAAUUGAAUGCGGUCGAAGCACCAAAUCCAGUUAUUUUAAAAAGACCCGAUGGAUACGAAAAACAAUAUAGAUUAAAUUGUCCAAGAUGUAAUUUAUUCUUGGCCUAUGAAGUGACGGAAGAACGCAAGAAAGGACCUCAUACUUACAUUGUUGAGGGAAGUUUAACCGAGAAUCAAGGUGUCGUCCCUCAUGGUGCAAUUCCGGAAGAUUGA